AUGUCUCUCCAAGCCCUCUCCGUACUGGCCCUCCCAGCUCUGUCACUCGCAUUGAGCCAGCAGCAACCACUCUACUCGGAAUAUUCCUUCAAUCCUCUCGAACAUCUGGCUGGAAUCACGCCAUACUUUGAGCCAGCAGAUCCCCCAAAAAAGGAUCCAUCAACACCACAGGGAUGCUCAGUCGAGCGAGCAGCAUAUCUUGUUCGGCACGCUGCCAUUAAUGCUAACGAUUUCGACUACGAGAGCUAUCUGGAACCUUUCACCGACAAGCUCAAGAACACGACGGUGGACUGGAGCAAGAUCCCCGAACUCUCUUUCCUCGCAACAUGGACUCCUCCCGUCCUCAAGGAGCAGGAACGUGUGACUCGUACUGGUAAACUGGAAGCAACACAACUUGGUGUUCAGCUUUCCUACCGCUAUCCCCACCUCAACCUACCCAAGCGUGUGUGGACCAGCACCGCCGAGCGUACGGUUGUCAGCGCGGAAGCACUCAUCCGCGGGUUCGAGGAGGAGGAAGACAACGAGAUUAAGCUUGUCCAGAUCUACGAAGGCAAGGAAUCUGCCGCGGACAGUCUCACCCCUUACAAAGCGUGCCCGGCUUACUCUUCUUCCUUUGGUUCCGAUCAGAGCUCCGAAUGGGUUAAGAAAUACACUGCUCCCAUUCUUGCCCGCUUCCGAAGUCUCGCACCGGCUUUCAACUGGACUUCUGACGAUGUGACGGGCAUGUUCGAAUGGUGCGGUUAUGAUACUGUUGUGCGUGGCAAAUCUCCAUUCUGCUCAUUGUCUCUCUUCAGCCCGGACGAGUGGCUACAGUUUGAGUACUCCGAGGACAUUAGAUAUCAUUACAACACUGGAUAUGGUAAUCAAGUUUCUGGCCCACUUGGAUAUCCCUGGUUGAACGCCACCGCUGCUCUGCUGGCAAGUGAGGAUGAAGACGACCAGGACAUCUACGUCUCCUUCACCCACCGUGAGCUUCCACCCGUUGUUCUUGUCGCCAUGGGUAUUUUCAACAACUCCGCCCUGACAGGAGCCAAUGCUGUAAACGCCACGAUGCCUUUGGAUCAAGUCAACCACCAUCGUCAAUGGAUCAGCUCAUACAUCCUGCCUUUCUUGACAAACAUUGCAGUCGAGAAGAUGAACUGCUCGGAGUCGUAUGGGUACCAGAACUCAACAGACCCCACAUUCUACCGUGUUCUGGUCAACCAGAGCCCGCAGGUCCUCCCUGGGUGUUCUGAUGGUCCGGCGGAGAGCUGCUCGGCAGAGCACUUCAACAAGUUUGUGGAGACCAGAGGAGAGAUGUUUGGAAACUUUGCCGAGGCAUGUGGAGUUGACUAUGGUAACUCCACCGAUGUUGUGAGCUUUUACAUGAAUGACACGAUGAAGGGCGAGGCUGUAGGAAAGAAGAGGUAG